UCUUUAAAACAAACAUCAAGAACAAGAAGUGCUCCUUUUCCCGUAGUCUUGACUUGUUUACAUGAGCCUCGGCUGAGCAGGGUUUGAGAAGAUGACGGACCAGAAAGCAGAGAAUAACAGCUCCAUCCCCAUCGACGAGUUCAGCAAUUUAAGAAUUACAUCGAUAUGGACGUUUCUCAUGUCUGUGCAGUGGUCGGAGCCUUGGCUGAUCGGGCUGCUGGUGUUUCAUGUUGUGUGUUUGUUUCUGACCGUGGUGACGUGCAGGUACUACCGAGCUCAGAUAUGUCACUUCCUCCUCAUGGUCGGCCUGGUGUAUAGUGCUGAAUAUCUUAAUGAGCUAGCAGCCAUGAACUGGAGGUCCUUUUCGAACUUCCAGUACUUUGAUUCCAAGGGCAUGUUCAUAUCUUUGGUCUACUCGAUUCCUAUUCUGCUUAAUACAGUCAUUAUUGUGAUGGUGUGGGUGUACAGGACCUUUUCCACUAUGACUGAGCUGAAGACACUCCAGCUCAAGCGAAAGGCCCGCAGAGAAAAAAGAGAGAAGAACGACUGAUGUCCAAGAAUGGACUUCUUUGGGAGGAAUUAGGAAUCGACUUCUCUGCCAUGCUAAUACUGAAUUUUGGAGGAGAAAGGUUCCUUCUUGUUACUGUAAAAAAGAUUGUUUGUUGAUGUCAGUCUGGACUGGGUGUCUAUUUUUGGUAACGGCUGUUGGAAGAUGCUGAAUAUACUUUACACUAUGAGAUAUACGAGGACCAAAGGACAUUUACUCUUUUGUAUUUAAUGUUGUUUUAAAGUGUGUUAAACUGCACAAAGACAGAUAAAGGGUUUUGGAAAAACCUUUAUGGGACUGUUGAUUUAAUAAAAAUAAAAAAA